AUGGCCACAAUUGGUUUGGGUGAUGUAAUGCCUUCAAAUUUGGAACAUAAUCCAAUGAUCGCAAUAAUAUUUCCCAUUGGUUUAACACUUCUAUCAAUUGUUAACAGUAAUGGAUAUAAACGAUUAGAACAUUGUCUAAUUAAUGCAGCAAUUAAUUUGGAAUUAUUUGUUGAACGAUUAUUACAACGAUCACAAGGACAUAUGGUAUUUCAAUGGUUAGCACCAAAUAUUGAGUUGCUAACUAUUACAUUACCAAUUUUUAAUGAUAAUAUCACAUUUCGGGAUCAAAUUUUGCAACCAACAAUCGAUAACUAUCAAUCGAAUACUGAUCGUAAUGUGGUAACACAUGAUGCUACUUUGGGAAUCUUCUCAUCUGCUUCUUCCAAUGAUAAUUACAAUGUAUGA